CUUCUGGCAACCGUUUUCUUCACCGCUGUGUAGCGCGUAGUCGUGUGGUAGAAGAAGGGUCGUGUUGUCGUCAAAAUGAAGGUCCCUGUGGUUCUUCUUGUUUUGGUGGCCGGUGCAUUCGCUGGCGAGCCCUCUAUUUAUUUCAAGGAUCAGUUUGAUGAUGGCGCAUCAUGGGAAGAUAGAUGGAUUCACUCUACUGCCAAAGGAGCAGAGGCUGGCAAGUUCAAGCUGACCGCUGGAAAGUUCUACGGAGAUGCAGAGAAGGACAAGGGCAUUCAGACGAGCACCGACGCUCGCUUCUACCAUGCCAGUGCAAAGUUCGACGAGUUUUCGAACGAGGGCAAGUCACUUGUCGUUCAGUUCAGCGUAAAGCACGAGCAAAGUAUCGACUGCGGCGGUGGCUACAUCAAGCUGUUCCCGUCCAGUGUAAAUCAGAAGAAGCUCAAUGGCGACAGCGACUACUACGUUAUGUUCGGACCGGACAUCUGUGGGCCAGCCACUAAGAAAGUGCACGUCAUCUUCAACUACAAGGGAAAGAACCUUCUUGUCAAGAAGGAUAUCCGCUGCAAGGAUGAUGAGUUCAGUCACUUGUACACACUGGUCUUGAACUCCGACAACACCUACGAGGUCUUGAUCGACAACGAGCGUGCUGACGGCGGAAAGCUAGAGGAGGACUGGGAUUUCCUGGCACCAAAGCAGAUCAAUGACCCCGAGGCCUCGAAGCCAUCCGACUGGGACGACCGAAAGAAGAUCGACGAUCCAGAGGACACGAAACCCGAGGACUUUGACAAGCCCCAGCACAUUCCCGACCCCGACGCUGAGAAGCCCGAGGACUGGGAUGAUGAUGUCGAUGGCGAGUGGGAGCCACCCAUGAUUGACAACCCCGACUACAAGGGUGAGUGGAAGCCACGCCAAAUUGACAACCCCGCUUACAAGGGCGAAUGGGUGCACCCACAGAUUGACAAUCCCGACUACUCCCCCGAUGACAACCUUUACCGCUACACCGACGUCGGUGCUGUUGGAUUCGACCUCUGGCAGGUCAAGUCUGGCACCAUCUUUGAUAACAUCCUGGUAACUGACGAUGCUGACUUUGCAAAGACAUUCGGCCAGGAGCACCUUGAUGCAACAAAGGACGCCGAGAAGAAGAUGAAGGAGGAGCAAGAUGAGGCGGAGAGAAAGGAGCGUGAGGCAGAGGACGCAAAGAAGAAGGCCGAAGAGUCAGCAAAGGAAGAAGAGGAGGAAGAGGCCGAGGAGGAGGAAGGUGAUGCUGAUGCUGAGGAGGAGGCAGAAGAGGAAGAAGACAGCACUGCAGCGAAGGACGAGCUGUAGAUGCCCUGCGGCCCGGGGUCGGCAAUUGUUGUCCGUCCGGUAUUUAGUUGAGAGAGCACUGUACGUGGAUGAGUUGACCUUUACAAUUGUACACUCUACAAAGAACACUGCCGGCGGCGCUGCUGCUGCUGCUGAAUCUUAUGCUACCUUUGUCCCCGGCAGUGCUGCUGCUGCUGCUCUCUGCCCUGCUUUAUUCUUUCAAUUUUUACUCUUUCCAACUUUGAAAUAUGAUUGAAAAAUUC